GAGCGCGUGACCUGCGCCAUCUCUUCCUACAGAUUACAGAACUGCAUCUUCUCCUGAAAGUUCAGGUGAGCGGGCGAGUGAACCCUCCCCUUUCCGGCGAUUCAGCCCUGCUAGUGAGGAGUGAGGGGAGGAAGGCGAGCGGCGAUGUCGGCGGGCAACGGGAAGAAGGUGGCCUGCGUCACCGGAGGCAGCGGGUACAUAGGCUCCGCGCUCGUCAAGAUGCUGUUGGAGAAAGGGUACGCCGUGAAGACGACGGUCAGGAACCCCGAUGACAUGGCGAAGAACUCCCACCUCAAGCACCUGCAGGCGCUUGGUCAGCUGGAGGUCCUCCGCGCAAAUUUGGACGAGGAAGGCAGCUUCGAUGAAGCCGUCGCCGGCUGCGAUUAUGCUUUCCUCGUCGCCGCUCCCGUGAACCUCAAGUCGGAGCAUCCUGAGGUACAGCAGAUCGAGCCAGCUGUCCGGGGAACCCUGAACGUGAUGAGGUCGUGCGCCAAGGCCGGGACGGUGAAGCGCGUGAUCCUGACCUCGUCGGCGGCCGCGGUCAUCAGGAGGCCGGAGCUGCAAGGCGACGGGCAUGUGCUGGACGAGGAGUCCUGGUCCAACGUCGAGUACCUCACCGCCAACAAGCCUCCUUUCUGGGGAUACCCCGUGUCGAAGGUGCUGCUGGAGAAGGAGGCGAGCAGGUUCGCGGAGGAGCACGGCAUCAGCCUCGUCACCGUCUGCCCCGUGGUCACCGUCGGCGCAGCGCCGGCGCCGAGCGCCCGCACCAGCGUCCCCAACUGCCUCUCCCUUCUAUCCGGCGACGAGGCGGAGUUCGCCGUGCUGAGAGGCAUCGAGAGGGGGUCCGGCACGGUGGCGCUGGUUCACCUCGACGACGUCUGCCGCGCCGAGCUGUUCGUCGCCGAGGAGCCGGCGGCCGCGGGGAGGUACCUCUGCUCCAGCCUCGACACCACCAUCCGCGAGCUCGCACGCUUCCUGGCACACAAGUGCCCGCAGUACCCCGUGAAAACAAACCUGCUCUCCGGCGACCUGCUUGAGAAGCCAAGAAUGCGCCUGUCGUCGGCGAAGCUGGUGAGGGAAGGGUUUGAAUACAAGUACAAGACGCUGGAUGGGAUGUACGACGACAUGAUCGAGUACGGCCAAGCUUUGGGAAUUCUCCCCAACUAAGGCUAUCUCCAACCGUCGUUCUCUGUAUCCUUCAUUUACAGAAUUCUCUACAAGAUUCUCUCCUCUAUAUCUCAUUUCUCUCCAACAACGUUCUCUAAAUCUCGUUCUCUGUACAUUAAACU